UCUGAACACACGUACAUAUGGGGAACAAUAGCAGCUCCACAGUGGAUGAUCUGCAGGCUGUUGAGAUCCACCACUGGUACAAAAAGUUCAUGACGGAGUGUCCUUCUGGACAGCUGACAGAGCAUGAAUUUAAACAGUUCUUUGGGCUUCGAGGGCUGGAUCCACAGGCCAAUGAAUACAUUGAGCAGAUGUUUCGCACAUUUGAUAUGAAUAAGGAUGGAUAUAUUGACUUCAUGGAAUACGUGGCUGCCCUCAGCCUUGUUCUCCGUGGGAAGAUGGAACAGAAAUUGCGGUGGUAUUUCAAACUGUAUGAUGUAGAUGGCAAUGGCUGCAUUGAUCGACAUGAAUUGCUCAACAUCAUUAAGGCUAUUCGGGCUAUCAAUGGUGGUGACCAUGAAACUAGUGCAGAAGAGUUCACCAACAGAGUCUUCAACAAAAUUGAUGUGAAUGGAGAUGGUGAACUUUCUCUGGAUGAAUUUGUGGAAGGAGCAAGGAAAGACGAGGAGUUCAUGGAGGUUAUGAUGAAAAGUUUGGAUCUGUCACACAUUGUGGCCAUGAUCAACAACCGUCGUCACAGUGUAUAAAUCAAGCUGGGAGAAAAUGGU